AUGGCGCAAGAAGAUGACGAAGAAGAUUUAGUUUUUAAUGUAGAGGAAGUUCAGAAACUAGUUAGAGAUAAUAUAGAGCUAUGUUUGGGAGGAAAUAUUUACAGCCAUUCUAGAGCUCCUCAGUGGAUAACCGUCAUCACAGAAAAGACGUUGGCCAGACUGAAUAAACUUAAUAAGCCGUUUAAAUACAUUAUGAGGAUGACUGUAACUCAAAAGAACGGCUCUGGAUUGCACACAGCAGCUGCAUACUUCUGGGAUACGGCAACAGAUGGCACCUGCACAGUUCGUUGGGAAAACAAGUAUAUGUACUGUAUUGUGAACAUUUGGGGCUUGGCCUUGCAAAUAUAGCUUUAUAUCUA